AUGACUUCUCUGACGCUUCUAGCGACGAUAGGCGCUGUCUACUCGACACAAGCGAGUCACCUGCUGAGAAGAGCAAGCCUUGCAAGCCUCCAGGAGGCUCUACCCGCUUGCAUUGACGAUGUUGACCAAGUAGCAUGGAAAGGCCACAUCUACCGAACGCUCUACGGUGCGAAGGUGGAAGGAGAAGAUCCAGCCAGCUGCGAAGAGACCUCGUACCAGCAGAUGCCUGAAAACUACAGCAUUGCUCCAGAUGAAGUGAGCAUCGUGGAACAUGUCAUCGGAGCACACAAGUGGGGUGUCUACCGCGUGUGCCUUGAAAGCGGGUGCUACGGAACGAAGCAUAGUGAGGCUGGCGAGUUGCUGAACAGCGGCCAGUUUUGGGAAGCGGAUGCCGACAAGUACAGAGUCAAAGAAGCCUGCGCUGGAGAAAGUUACCACCGUCUUCUCCUGCGUCAGAAGUGCCAGGUCGCACCAGAUGGCUUCAGGAAGUUUGCAUAUGCCACCGGCAUUGGAACGACCGCCUACGCAGAGAUACCGCGAUUUGCCAGCGAAGGCUCGUAUCCGGAGAUUCUCCAAGCAGCGAAGGAAGCAUGCAAAACGGAUGCAGACUGCGCAGCUUUCGAAAUAAUGCGGGCUUUCAGUCAGGACAAGAAUCCUGGAUUCAGGGAGUGGGGCCAAACCUGGGCUGACAAGAUUGACGCUUCCGAGGGCGGGUGGCUUGUGUACAAGCUACACAAGCGCGAGACUGGUGCGGAGUUCAGCAUGCACGACACAGAGGAGCUGGACUGGUACGCAUCGAACCGCGAUGAGGACGUGUACAAUUUCCAGGCAUCGCCGCUGCGUUGCAGCUGGAAGACCAACUUCGCCUGCGGAUUUGGAAGUCGCAUUAAUCUGGCAGUGUCCACCACCGCAAGCUCCAAGGAGGACUGCGAAGCGCAUUGCCAGGCUAGCCAAGUGGCGGAGCCCGUCCGGGGUUGCUGUUCCUACUCGGAGGGCCAAUGCAAAUAUGGGGAGGGUGCACAGCUGGACCUGGCCAAGCCUGAAACAGACUCCGCGGACUGCUGGCCGGAGAUCGUGCCAACGACGACCUCGACGACAACGACCACAACUACGACCACCACCACAACUACCACAACGGAAACCUCAACGACGACAACGACAACAACGGUCACAACCACAACAGUCACCACCACCAGUACCUCAACAACCACGAGCACAACAACCACCACAACAACCACAUCCACGUCAACCACCACGACAACGAGCACAAGCACGUCAACCACAACAACAACAACCACAACAACAAGCACCAGCACGACCACAAGCACAACCACUACAACCACCACAACUACAUCCACCACUACCACCACUACAACCACCACUACCACCACGACUACCACUCCUUGGAUAUCUGGCAUCUCACCGUCGUGCAUCACGGUGAACAAGGCCACCGAAGUUACAUUCUUUGGAGGAGAUGCGGGCGACAAGGUUAGAUUCGAGGUGGACUGCGACGCGGUGACCGAUGACAAUUUUACAACACUGGAAGAAGGACGAGAGGGAGCAAAAGCUGAAUUCACUCCCAAGGAACAGGGAGAAGGCUUCCUUUUGUGCUACAAGCGCGGGCACGAAGAAGUUCAUGGCGAGCACCACUUGACCUUGGAUGUCAAAGGUCCAACAGGUGCAAGUCACAUCUCUUCAAUAAGCCCGACGCUGGUUAAGAAGUCUGAAGCAGCAGAGCUCCAGCUGGACGGUCCUGAGAAGACAAAGGGCCGAGUUUGCUUUGCUCCAAGCUGCGAACUAUGCCCACAACUCUAUGAUGGCACAGAUUAUCCAGCAGUGGAAAUACCUGGCACAGUGAGCUUCGUCAAGGAGGCUAACAAGCUGCACCUGGUAGCCCCGCAAAAUGACAGCAACGUCUACAAGCUGUGCUACCAGGAAGACUUUAGCUGUGAGUGGGCGGAGCAGUCCGGUGGCCUCAAGAUCCGUUUUGAUCCCCAUGUCAAGAGCAUCGACCCCACAUGCAUCGGAGCGAACAGGGACGCCACCAUAAAGUUUGAGGGUGCCUGGCCGCGUGACCGAGUUCAAUUUGCUCCCAGCUGUGAGGGCAUCGUCAAGCCAAAGGAGGAACUGCCGGGUGAGAACAAGCGAGCAAUGUGGUACUCAGGCGAAGCUCUCGAUGGCCUCAAGCUCUGCUACAAGCCAGACACAUCGGAUGCAGUUUCCGGGUAUGUGACAAGCGUCAAGGAGCAGGAAGACAUCCUGCUCUACAUAAAGAAAGUCACCUUCAAGAGUGUUCUCACAUCGUUCAGCCCCAAGACCAUCACAAGCAACACGGAGAAUACGAUUUUCCUCUGGGGCAAGUGGCAAGUCUUCGAAGGAAAAGUACAAGUUGGUGGAAAAGUGUGUUUCGCACAAGAGAUUACAGGCUGCACACCCUGUUCCUCUGGCCUGCGGGAAGCCUUCGAUAUUGAUGUGGCCGACGAGCUGGUGCCCGGUCCUCUCGGUAAGGUUACGUACCGACCUGUCGCAUCGCACGCUCGAAACGAGAUUCUUUGCUAUCAAGCUCCCGAAAGCUGCCACUGGGUGCGUCAAACUGACCUUGUUCUGCAGGUGCUCAUGGAGCAAGUGCCGGCGGCAACAUCACCCACAACGGUGUCAUCAAUUUGGCCGAGAUUGGCUACGAUGAAUGUUCUGACCUCCAUAACUUUUGCAGAUGCAACUGCAGGUGAUAAGGCGAUCUUCAUCAACAGCAAGGAUUCUCAGACCUGUCACGGUGUGAGGCCGGACAAGGAGGUUGGCUUUGGUGAAGCGCACUUCUCCUUCUCCCAGCUGGGCGUAUAUCUGCUCUGCUACCGAUCAGCUGGUGCGCAUGACUCUGUUCUCCAGAGCGGCUUCAACCUCACUGUGAAGACUCCAGGUGUUACAAAAGACAUGAUUCGACCCUUCGAAAGCAAAGGGGGCAGCCUGGAUUGUUCUGCACUGCAGCUGGUUCCACACUGCUCCAUGAUGAAUUCUGGCUCAUGCCAAGCAUCCUACAUAAUUCACAGAGGAGUUGGUUUCAGAUGCAGUUGGAAUGCGGAGUUGAAGCCUCCUGCGUGCGACGUGGACAGGGCCACUGCAGGGUCUGCGGACAUUUGUGCUGCUGCGAAGUGUCCAGGAAGACCAUCCCUGUGCUGGUGA